AUGAGUAUUCCAACAUCCAUCCAUGCCGCGCGGGAGUUGAUCCGGGUGAAGGCAUCUGGCAAUGAGUUUGUUCUGCUUGUUCAUGGGGCAACCAAUUGGGAACCGUGGGGGCCAACAGGCACACAGAUGGAUGAAGUCUCUCGCGCGUUUUCCCGCGGGUCAGUUGACAUUAUGGAGGAGAUUAAGCUGCGCCUGAAGAACCGCGAUAAGUCUUGGCGACCUUGUUACAAAAGCCUACUGCUUUUGGACCAUCUUGCUCGCAACGUGCCGGAGUCAGGAUUGCCAGCAGUUUGUUCGGUAAUUCCCACGCUUCGCACCAUAUCUCAGUCAUUUUACUACACAGGUAGCAAAGGGACAGACCACGGGUUGUCAGUGAGGGAGCGGGCAAAGAAGUUGUGUGACCUCCUCAGCGACAGUGCGUUACUCCGUGAAGAGCGCGAGAAGGCGGCAUUGACACGCUUCAAACUCUCUGGUGCGUCCGGCAGUGGCGGUAGUGACCAUACAGCCUCUCGCUAUCAGGGCUAUUCACGCAGCACGCUGCCGUCAUCGGAUUCCCUACCUCAUGAGUACGAACUUCACACCCAUGCAACCCGCACGAAGGAAGAACAAGAGCGGUAUGAUAUGGAACUUGCCGCUCGACUGCAGCGCGAAGAAGAAAUGCGUGCUGGCAUGUCUGCUGCGGAUGUGGAACGAAUGUUCCACCGACAUCUCCCUCGGCAACCUGCAUCCGUGGCGCAGGCUGCUCGCAAUUCUGACCUUGAGGUCGCGCGCCGUCUUCAGGAGGAGGAGGAGCAGAAGCGUCAAGCGCGUCGUACCAGUGAGACGUUGCCACCUGCACAGGGUACAUCAACGGGAACGCCAGCAAAGCCUCCGUCACCCAAGACCGUGGCACCUGCUCCCAAACCGGAACCUGAGCCCCCAAAGAAAGACCUCCUGGAUGAUUUAUUUGCCCCGGCACCUGUUAUGACGACUACCACGUCUGCCCAACAGCCCACUUGGACGAACGGUGCACCAAUUCAGCAGCAAACAUUAGCUUCUGUUGAUCCUUUUGAUGCAUUCCUGGACACGCGCAUUCAGCAACAGCAACAACAACAACAAAUGACAUAUGGUGCCUUUUCACCGUCGACGGUUCCGCCACAACAGCAUACUGGCAUGAUGGAGGGCGGCGGUACCGGCGGAUGGAGUGGUGUGACACAACCAUCGAUGAUGAUGCCGGCCUACGAACGCGGGGCUGACUGGUCGACUGCCCCCUCCACACAGCCCUCAUAUGGAGGGAUGCCAGCUCAAGCUUCGUGGGGUGUGCCGUCUUCAGCAGGCAAUGCUCAUGCUUCGGCUGGGAUGCAGGGGACACCAUUUGCUGCCAAUGGAAAUGCCAACAUGCAAGGAUGGGCCCCUUUUACAAGCGCAAGUCCGGGUGGGAAUAACACCAGCUUGAUGGAAGAACAAAUGGCGCACUUUGCUGGGCAAGCGAGUGCUCGCCCUCAACAACCGGCGAAGUCGUUGGAUGCCCUUAUGGCAGAGCGCCGAGGGAUGGAUUAA